GGGAGAGUCAUGGCCUUGCAUGGUCGCCAGGCUGUUUCCUCCAGUGGCCCUUGGGCAUGUUGGGACUGCGGUAGUGGUUCCCGGAGAUGAAAACGUUUAAAGAGAAGACCUGGUAGGAAAGCAGCUUGAAAGAGUAGCCAAAGAAUCCUUAGGCAACAAAAAGCCCACCUUUAAGUGCUUCUAUUUUACUCUGUUCAAACCUCACCACAGCUUUGGCUGGCAAAGAUUAUUCUCAUUUUGUAGAAGAGAAAACCCAGGCCCACUGUGGCCAAGGAUUGUCCCAUGUCAGGUCACUCAGAGGGCUAAAAACUGUUUUCAGCUUAUGUGGAGAAGUUACUGUGGAAGCCACCUAUAAAUCCAUUUCCUGAAUUUAUGGAAAAGCCUGCAAAUGAUGGAAGUCAUUCAGAAGAACCAUUUCACCAUUUUCAGAGCAGACCAGAAAGGGAACAUUUGCCACAGCGUGGCAGUGAAUGUCAUCUUAGCUGUCAAAACCAGGACAUUCUAUAUGGAAAGACUGAAUUGGAAGCAACAUUUAAGGAAGCUGAGGUGGCAACCAGUUCUAUAGAGUUACUUUUGCCAUUAUUUAAGGACACCGUUGAAAAGAUUAAUUUUGAAAAUGCUAAUCUUUCUGCAUCCAAUUUGAGGACAUUUUCUAAACAGAAGGAAAUGUUAACAAAAGAAUUAGACACUUUUAAAUAUCUAAAACAAGCUUUAGAAAAUCUUCUUAGAGAAACAGAAUACCAACAAACAGAGGACAGUUCAUCCAGCGUGUUAGAGAAGCUAACUGAUAAUGAAAGUGAGAAUAUUAAUCUUAAGAAGAAGGUGUUUGAGAAGGAGGCCUAUAUCCAAGAACUGUCUUGUUUGUUUCAGAAUGAAAAGGCAAAUGCUUUGAAAGCAAACCGUUUUUCACAAUCAGUAAAAGUAGUGCAUGAACGACUACAGCUCCAAAUUCAAAAAAAAGAAGCAGAGAAUGAUAAAUUAAAAGAAUAUAUAAAGAGAUUAGAAAGCGAGAGAGCUGAAUGGAUCUUGCAAUUGAGAAAGAAUAAGGAUGAGGCUGUAGCAAUGAAAGAAUUAAAUAGGCAAAAAACUAUAGCUCUAAAAAAGGCAUCUAAAAUUUACAAACAAAGGCUUGAAUAUUUUACUGGAGACAUGGAAAAUCUUACUUCCCAAAUUAGAGAUCAGGAAGCCAAGUUGUCUGAAACAAUUUCAGCUUCCAAUGCCUGGAAAAGUCAUUAUGAGAAAAUUGUAAUAGAAAAAACUGAAUUGGAAGUUCAGAUUGAAACAAUGAAAAAGCAAAUCAUUAAUCUUUUGGAAGACCUGAAGAAAGUGGAAGACCAUGGAAAAAAUGCAUGUGAAGAAAUUCUUAGAAAAGUUUAUUCAACUGAAUAUGAAAAUGAAACUCUGAAUCUUGAAAAUACAAAGUUAAAGACUACACUUGCUGCUUUGAAGGAUGAGGUUAUUUCUGUUGAAAAUGAACUGCUAGAAUUGCAAGAAGUACAAAUACAACAGAAAACCCUUACUGAAGUGUAUAAAACUCAGAUAGAAGAGUUGCAAGAAGCAGCUGAAAUAGUGAAAAGUAGAUGUGAAAAUUUGCUACAUGAAAAUAACCUAAUAACAAAAAACAAAAAUAAAAAACUAGAGAAGAUGAGAGGCCAGAUGGAGUCUCAUCUGAAGGAGUUAGAAUGCGCCCAUGAUUCCUUGACGGCGGUGGAACGGAGGCUUCACGAGUGUCAGGAGAGUCUGCAGCACUACAAGGGGAAAUGUGCAGACCAGACACACACCAUUAGGGAGCUUCAGGGCCAGGUUGAUGGAAAUCACAAUCUUCUGAUGAAGCUUUCUUUGGAAGAGGAAAAUUAUCUUAUUCAGUUGAAGUGUGAAAACCUUAAACAAAAGUUAGAACAGAUGGAUGCAGAAAAUAAAGAGCUUGAAAAGAAGCUGGCAAACCAAGAAGAAUGUCUUAAGCAUAGCAAUCUUAAGUUUAAAGAGAAAUCUGCAGAAUAUACAGCAUUGGCCAGACAGCUGGAAGCUGCUUUGGAAGAAGGAAGACAAAAGGUUUCUGAAGAAAUAGAGAAAAUGUCAUCUAGAGAAAGGGCUUUGCAGACUAAAAUAUUAGAUCUGGAAACUGAGCUUAGGAAGAAAAAUGAAGAACAAAAUCAACUUGUUUGCAAAAUGAACAAUAAAGCACAACAUCAGGAAGUAUGUUUGAAAGAAAUACAACAUAGUCUUGAAAAGUCAGAGAAUCAGAAUGAGAGUAUUAAGAAUUAUUUACAGUUUCUUAAAACUUCUUAUGUAACAAUGUUUGGAUAAAUUGUCUUUAUUUGCUAUAGGCAAUAGGCUUUUACUAUGAGUAUAAAAAAUUAUUAGGUAAAAAACUGUUAUUUGUUAUAUUAAAUGAUUUAUGGGUGGUAGUAUUAGAGUUUUUAUGUAAAUACAUUCGAAACAAUUUUUUUAUACAAUUGAACUUUCAAAGAAGAUAGAUGUUAGUAUUCCAUAUUGCUGGAUAAUUUUCACUUAGCUCUGAUUUAAUUCCUGUUUAAGUUGUAUCAGUUUUUAGAGUAUUUUUCACACACCCACACCAAAGAAACCAGAUCCAUUCUUUAUGACUGUCUGUAAGCCACCAUUCAAGAGAAUUUAUAAUAAAUUUAGGCCAGUUAUGAGCCAAAUACAUGAUUUUUAAAUAAUGUUUAUAAUUGCUUUACACUUAUACAUACAUACAUAUAAUAUUUAAUAAAGGAAAAUAUUCUGCAUAUUAAUUUUUAAUAAUGGUAUAAUUACAUACCUUCUAAAGAUACCAAAUGUCUCAAUGUACUUAAUAUUGUUUCAGGUAUAUGCUCAGAUGCCAUUAUAAUUUCUGUGAGGUUUUAAAUAUAGAAUUUUAAGUCAUAGCUGUUAAAUACCAAGUGAUAGUAAUAGGUAAAAAAAAAAAAAAACAUGUUGGCGUGCAUUGUUUCUUUAUAAGGGCACCUUCCCAAUGACCCAACUGCUUAAAAGUAUUUUUCUUCAAAUAGCAAAAUAUAGUUAUUUCAGAAACUGGCCCCAAUUUUUGCUCAAUAAUUUCUAAGAAUAUUAGCAUUGUCUUUGUAAAAAAAUGAUAAUGCAUGUGGUACUAAAACAUAUGCUUGAUGCUUGUGGUCCUGUCUUGUCUCCUAUGGGAAAGGGAGCCUCAAGAAAUACUCACAUGAAAGGAAACUAAGGGUCUUGAGGGUUGCUCACUAGACCAUGAGCUCCUUAAGGACAAACCUGUAUUGUAUUCAUAUUUCUAUUUUAGCCAAACACAAUAUCUGGUAUAUAAUAGAUACUCAGUUGAUGUUUGUGGAUAGAUGGAUGGAUGUUGAAAGAGGCAGGUAUUCAUAUUUCUAUUCUAGAUAUAAAAAAAUGUAAGCAUAGGGGAAUUAACUACAGGGGCUAUUAUGUAAAACUCCUUAAGUUUUAAACUCAGCAUUUGAACUUAAGUCUCCUGAUUCUAUGAUGUAAGUUCUGUGUACAGUUUUGUUUUCUCGUUAAAAGCACAGGCAUAGGUGACACUGCUGUUAUUUACUGAGAACUUGCUUUCUGCCAGACAGAGUUCUGUGUGGGCACAUGUGCCUGAUGAGAUAGGUGCUGUUUAUCUCAUUUACUUUAAUUUGCCCAAGGCCACCCAGGUAGUAGGUGUCAGGCACCUAGAGUUUCUACUUUUAACUAUGACCAUACUACUUUUAUGUACAUUUCAUAAAUAAAGAUGAGUUUCUUUUGACACUUGUGCAUUUACCUCAUCUAUAAAUAUGUUCUUUUUUUAUAUUUUUUAUUUUUAAUAAAGUAAUUUGUGCAUAUAGCAUUUAAAAUCAGUACCUGCUCUGUGUAAGGUAGACUGGAAGGAAAUGACUACCACAAAGUCCCUAAGGUUUGGUACUCACAUGCUAGUGACACAGAACAACAAAGGAAAUUUGCCAGACCCUAGAACUUUUACCAUCUGUGUGCUUACUGUUCCCAUGUGAAGCUGAUGUGUGAAACACACUUAGUGUCAGGGGUGCCUGGAGUCAGUGCCCUGGGGUCCCUAAGCAGUGUCUCUGUCUGCAGCUUCCCAUCACCCAAGAAAGCCCUUGUCCCAGGGCACUAACAGUCUAGCAGAAUUUUGUCUUUAUCCCUGAUAGCAGGGCCUCAUGACUUUGUUAAGUUCUAAAAGUUUUCUUCCAUUAUUUGUGUGAUUAUUACCUUUUCACGUGUUCCUUUUCCUUGUUUUGUCUCCUGGGUCUGACUUUGCCCAAUUUGCCUUUUCCCUCAGUGUAUCCAUCACUGGGUUUCUUUUGAAGUAUUUCUUCCACCUGAUUUUUCUGACCACUAAUAUAG